AACAGGGGAAAAAAAAUUGUCGGCAGUCGGUCGGUUUGAAUGCGAGGUGCAGGUGGAAGUCGGUCAUUUACAAAAAGUGUGUUGAAUCUAAAAAAAAAAAUAAUAAUUUACGACUGUUGUGCAUUUCUUUUGAGAAAAUUAAAUGUUUAGAUACUUGUAUAUUUUCAAAUGCGGGCUAAAGGCCUUCUGUGUGAAUGAGACUAGAUUUUACCAGUGACUUGAUUCUCACAUCCUUUCAGCCCUUGAUGAACUGACAGAUAAAGAUUUGUACUCAUCCAUAAUGAUUCAAGGUGUCAUGGGAAUAUUAACCCAGGAUAUUCUUGUAACAUGCAUACUCAUGGGCUUAAUUGGAAUAGUUGGCCUCGUAGGAAAUGCUCUCAUGUUGAGGGCUUUAUUGAAGUACAAGAAUCUAAGAACAGAUUUCUACAUAGUGUUUGGCUGUUUGAGUGUGGUAGAUUCAUGUUUCUUGCUUCUAAGUGUACCAGUACACAUCAUGGACAUGCUGCAAGCCACAGAUAUACUCUCUGAUUUCUGGUGCAAGUCUAGUUUCUACAUCAUGAAUGUAUGCAGCUUCAUUUCUGCCUUUUUAGUUGUGGUGCUGACCAUAUUGCGUAGCAUACUGCUGACCAAUCGAAAUACAAUAGCUCAUCCACCAGCUCGUUACCUGUUCAUUAUUAGUGCAGCUAUAUACAUCAUAGCAUUUAUAGCUUCCAUCCCUUUCAUCUUCAUGUACAGCUAUUUCAAUUAUAAAGAUGAUAGUGGUGCUGAUCACAGCUACUGUAAAAUAAACGAUGAAGACAUUGUCCAGGAGGCGUGGCUUGUCAGUUCCUUCUCUGCCUUUAUCCCCAUCCUCCUUGCCACUGUCAUCUAUUUCAUCACAUACAUUAUAAGCCUAAGGUAUUUUUCAGACAGUUAUUCCAGAAGGGAAAUUGAGAAAUCUCGGCUUGUGAGUUCCAUUUUUGUAGCUUUUCUAAUCUGCCAACUGCCUUAUCGUAUCGCUGUCAUCUAUGACAGUUAUUUGGUGGACUUUGAAGAAACAGCUAGGAUGUAUACCGUCAAGAACUACUUACUGUGUAUUGUGAUGGCUGACAGAGCCAUUAAGCCAGUUCUCUACUCUAAGUUUGCCUCAGACUUGGCAGAUGCCUUUGAUGAAGUGAUUAACUGUACAUACUGCAGCCGCCCCUACAAUGUUGUGCCUAAAAAGCUGGCCAGGCUUGCAAGCUAUUCAGAGCCCCAGCCUUCUGAAAGGACCCAAUCCACCUCUUCAUCCAAUUCAGCUACUUCACAAACUGUGCUGUUAAAUAAACCCAAUGACAAUUUUGAAGUUGACAUUUGUUAAUAGAUGUUUGAAUGCCCUGAAGAGUUUUGUAUUUGGAAAUACAUUACUUUCUUUUCUAAAUGAAUCAAGCAAUAAUCCUUACUGCUUUGCUAAUAAUGUGUGAUACAAUUCCAUAAUAUGGAUAUGAAGACAGACUUUUCCCUAUGUUAAUAUAAUUCAGCAACAUUUCUUUCUGAUGAGUUAAUGAUAUAAUUUCUGUAGUGAUUGAUAACAAUUUUGGUUUGUUUGUGACUACUUUGUAUUAAGAGAAGUCACCAACCAGUACUAACAUUGUAAGCUUCAAUCAGCGAUGUACAUUACUCAUAUGUUCUACAUUCUAAGUCAAAGUUUUAUUCCCUAGCAGUUAGAGGAAUGACUUUAAGAGAGAUCUUAUAUACAUGUGUAACUUCACUUUGAUCACCAAAAGGACUACUAUAAAUGGCCUAUAUAUUUUGAAUCUUUUUUUUUUUUAAUUUUUUUUUUUUUAACAUAAUAAAUUCAGAAAGUAUUCAGAUUCAGAAUUGAAAGUAAAAACAAAUGAUGAAAUGAUGCUAACCUCCAUCAUUAGGCUGUGAAUUGCUUUGAUUCAUCUUUUUUUUUUUUUUAAAGUAAAUCUCUGACAAUGAUACUGAUAAUUUUACUGAUACAGUACUGGAGAUUUUCUUUCCAAUUUGUUGAUACAGUGAUAUUGGUUACAUUUAGGUCAAAAGGUUACAAAAUGCUGAUUACACACAGCUGAAAAAAACAAACAAACCUUAUAGUGUUCAUAAAUUCAGAGCACAAACCAUUUUAAUCACCUCAUUGUUGUUUCUACUCUUUGAUUUGGAUGUUUUUAAACAAAAAUGGCAAAAACUUAAACUGGGCUUUCAUACUGUACAGUGUGUCUAGGCUUGUACUUGAGUUUGAAUCUUUAUAGAUAUAGAUAGAUAUAUCAUUUUAAAGUGGAUGAAAAAAAAAAGACAAAUAAAAAGUUUGAGACUUUCUUUGACAUUAAAAGUUUGGCUGCCAUCUUGAAUGUAUUCAAUUAUACCCAAACAUGUAUUCAUGUAAUUUUCAUUCAUAAAAAGUUCAGGUUCUCAGUAAAAAAAAAAAUACCACACAUGUACUUUUGCUAACCAGCAACAAUAACCACACACCUAUCACUGUCAACAGCUUGAGAUUAUGGUUGCUUUUGACUAUAAAGUAUUGAAUGAAAUUCUUCUCUAAAUGUCAUGUUCUAUUAUCAUUGAUUAGUGUGAUAAUAUUGCUCAAUAUUUUUGAAUAUUUUUAAACAUAAUUCUGAUCAUUGCAACAUAAGUGGUGCAUUUUGUUUUGAAAUUUCAUUUUGGCAGCAAAAGUCUAGACAGGAUGUCUUUUUGUGUCCACACAAUGUACUCUGGGCAUGUGAACUUGUUUGACUUUGUUUCUCUACCAUUGAAUUCAACUCCAGCCACUAUUGAACUUCCAUGGCUACUAAUAACUAAGAUUGUAUUGGUGUGUCAAGUCAGGCUUAAUCCACUCUGUCCCAAGAGUCAACAUUAGUAUGGGACAGUAAAAGCAGUUAAGCUUUUGUUCACUUGGUGACUACUCCAAGACAUUGCCUUUUUAUAUCUUUUAUUGACUACUUUAUAGACUUCAGGAUCUUUUACAGAAAUACUUGCUAUCGACAUUAAUUUUGUGAUAGGGUACUUAAUAUAAUUCAUUGUAUUUGACAAUAUUGUCUGAACAGCUGGUGUUGCUUACAAAUUUUGUUCUAAAAAUAUCUUCAAUGUCCAGGCCAGCUCUGUCUUUUACCACUAAAUACAUUGGUUAUUUUCUUUUACACAUUUAUAGACAUAAUUAGUUCUUCUUCCAUGAGUUCUUUCUUGAUAAGACUGAAAAUGUGAGGCCUUGACAUUGGUAUGUUGUAUAAAGUUUCUUUAUUCUUCUUGCAGCUAUUGGAUAAUGUAUUAAUAAAUCUAGCAGUCACGCUAAAACAUACACAAGAUCUACUUGUAGUUGGCUUUUGAAGAUAUAAGUACAGAUGAAAAUAAAAUGGUGACACAAAUCCAUAUCUCUAUAUAAUGUAUGCAUUUGAUACGUUUAAGUACUUUCACUGAAAACAUCUUCUUAUGACAUGUACCCAUUUAGAAAAGUUACUUGCUGCCCGGUGAUACAAGGUAAAAAAAGGCUAUCGAGCCUUGAAAUCAACAAUCUUUUCUGAAUAGGCCACAUGGUUUUGUGAGGAUGGGCUCUAUGACAAGGAGGCGAGAGAGUGGAAUUAAACUAUUGACUGUUACAUUUUUAACAACUGGCUCAAUUUUUAACCCAUUGGAGCCUGUUAAAUCCUGUGUUUAUGCUACACCAUGGUUCUAAAGUAUUAUUGAAACUGACACUGUUCAUCGUAAUGUAAUACUUAAUAUAUUUGUUGAUUGUUUUGUUUUUUUCACGAUUCGUGCUGCUGGCAAUAAAGAAAGUAUCUCUCC